UUGGGCUCCUAUUGCAGAGUUUUGCUUGUCACUCACUGACAUGACCACUUCCUGUGGAAGAAUGGAAGGAUACGCCCAGCCCUCAUUUCAGCUCGGGCACUGAGCAAAGAGGAUAUUACUGCAGCUCUGCUUCAAUGACGUUCUUAUGAGGCACAUCACACAAAGAAAUGUAAAACUGCAGCAUAUUUUCCGCUCGACUUGAAGAGAAUUCAGCCUGGCGUUGCCGUGGAUAUGCCUGCUGGGGGCACACUGGGAUUUACAAAGCUGGAAGUGCUGAAAAACUUGCGUAUUGAUGUUAUUGUACUCUGAAGAGCACAGGGCCCCACAGAAUUAGUGACACAGAGUGCCUGUCUGGACUCCCUGUUAUACUAUACUAUUAUAUCAUCAGUGUCUCUACUGUACCCCUACAAGUGCAGCUCUCUUGGGCUUCCAGUGCUGUUGUUCUGCCUGGGUGAUGUGACAAGGCAUCGGUGUCAGGAGCUGUGAAGAUGGAGGCUGGAGGUGGAAGAGUGGAACAUGGCAGGGAGCCAGGGGAAAGAGAAAUGCAUGCCAUGUGCUUAGUCAAUGCUUUGGAUUUUGCCUCUGCCUUUCAUCAACACGUGGCAAAGCAUGUCCCCCAGAUUUAUAGAGAUGAGCUGCAACCACAAGUGGAGAAGCAGGAGGAGCUGGUACAGGAACGUAUCUUAACCCCAUUGGAGUGGUGCCUGUUCAGAGAUGACCCAAAUGUAUUCAUGGAGAAGCUACGGCACAGUGCAGCUCCUCCAUUGUGUGGAAGAGUCUUUAGAGGAGGGGAGACAACCUAUUCCUGCAGGGAUUGUGCAAUUGAUCCAACCUGUGUCCUAUGUAUGGAUUGUUUCCAGAACAGCAUUCACAAAAGUCACAGAUACAAGAUGCACUCUUCCAUGGGAGGGGGAUUUUGUGACUGUGGAGAUACUGAAGCCUGGAAAACUGGCCCAUAUUGUAACAUCCAUGAGCCAGGGGCAUCCGAUCAGAAUUCAGACUUUCGAUUGACAGAUGAACUCCUGGCCCAAACCAAAAAAGUGUUUCCUGUGAUUAUCCAGUAUAUAGUUGACAUGUUAAUCUGGGAGGAACAAAAGAGUUUGCCAGCAUACCUGGAUAAAUGCACAGAAGAGUGGAACCAGUACUACUGUGUGCUUUACAACGAUGAACACCAUACCUAUGAUCACUUCAUCUACAGUUUGCAGAGAUCCCUUGGCUGUGAUCAGAAAGAAGCACAGACAUUAACUACUGCAGCCGAGAGAGAGGGCCGCAGAGCUGUUAAAAAAGGUACAUCACAGCAAUGCCAGGAGGUGGCAGAAAGCCUUAAGACUAAUUCAGAGAACGUGUCACUGAAACCUUUCCGUGUGGAAGUGCUGCAUGGUCAUGUAAUGGCUCAUCAAAGCUUUGCACUGAGUUUAGCAAACUGGCUAAACAAACUCCUGGCCUACUCGAGUGACUUCCGACAGAUCUUCUGCCAAGUGUGUUUAGAGCGAGAGCCAAAGCCUAGCAGUUUUACUCACACUUGCUAUGUCAGUUUGUUAAUUCUAAAGGACUCCAAGCUUCACAAAGGAGUUCGGAAAGUUCUGCAUGAUCUGAUCUUCAGCAGCUUUUUCAUGGAAAUGGAGUAUAAGAAACAAUUUGCAAUAGAGUUUGUAAAGCAUUACAAGCAGAUACAGAAAGAAUACAUGAGUGAUGAUCAGGACAGGAACAUUUCAGUGACUGCAAUAUCUGUUCAGGUUUUCACUGUUCCUACCCUGGCACGUCUGCUGAUUGAAGAACAAAAUGUUAUAAAAGUGAUUACAGAGACUUUGCUCGAGAUAAUAACAGAAUAUCUAGACUCGGACAAUAAGUUCAACUUCCAGGGCUACAGCCAGGAGCGCUUCUUCAUGGUAUACGCCAUUAUCCUUGACCUCAAGUAUAUCCUUAUCUCUAAGCCUACAUCCUGGUCCAAGAAGUUGAAAGCCAAGUUUUUGGAGGGAUUUAAAUCUUUCCUCUAUGUAUUAUCCUGUAUGCAGGGCAUGGAAGGGAUAAGCAGGAUGGUGGGACAGCAUGUUGAGAUGGAUUCCGACUGGGAAGCUGCAAUAGCAAUGCAGAUGCAACUGAAAAAUGUAUUGACACUGAUACAGGAGUGGUGUGCGACAGAUGAUGAUAUAUUGCUGAAGUCAUACAAGGAGUGCCAUCAGAGUCUUCUGCAGUGUCGCACCCCGGCCCCUUCCCAAGAAAAGAAGCUGAUAAGAAUGUGUGGCCAUUCAUACCAAAGCUAUCCAUACCAGGUGUCCAAAGAUCCAAUCAGCAUACACCUACCUCUCUCUCGGAUGCUUGCUGGUUUACAUGCACAGAUGUGUAGGUCCGGUGUUAUCACAAGACUGUGUGAGAUUUUUUCCCCGGAAAACUUACAGGUGGAACUAAUGAUUGAACAUCCCUUGAGAUGCCUGGUGUUGGUGGGACAGGUAGCAGCUGAGAUGUGGCGGAGGAAUGGCCUUACUAUUGUUAGUCAGGUUUUUUACUAUCACGAUGUCAAGUGCAGGGAGGAGAUGUACGACAAAGACAUUGUGAUGCUACAGAUUGGUGCAUCCUACCUGGAUCCCAACAGCUUCCUACUGCUUCUGCUUCAGAGGUACGAACUGGAGGAGGCAUUCUCUAAUGUAGCUGUGCCCACCAAAGACAUGGAUCUAGCAAGGCAACACAACAUCUUAAUCGAGGAAAUGUUGCAUGUCCUUAUUUGCAUUAUUGGUGAGCGCUAUGUGCCAGGCAUUAGCAAUGUUACUAAAGAAGAGUGCACUAUGAGAGAGAUCAUCCAUCUGCUUUGUAUGGAACCCAUGGCUCACAGUGCAAUUGCCAAGGCUUUACCAGAGACUGACAACACUGACAUAUGCCUGGACAAACUCAUCACUAAAGUUGCCACUUUUAAAAAGCCGGGUGUAUCAGGACACGGUGUUUAUGAACUGAAGGCUGAAUACCUUGAUCAAUUUAAUGUGUUCUUUUAUCAUUACACCAAAACACAGCGCAGCAAGGCGGAACACACACAGAAGAAAAGGCGAAAACAAGAAAACAGCUCAGAAGCAUUAGUCCCUCCUGCUCCUCCCGAUUUCAGUUCAGCUUUCCGAAAUGUGAUCAACCUCCUGAGCUGUGAUGUUAUGAUGCAUAUUCUACAAACCGUCCUGCAGAGAGCCACAGAGGAAGAUCCAAUCAUGUGGACAGAAGGCAUAAUACAAAUGGCUCUCCAUAUUAUAGCCCUGGGUUUAUUAGAAGAGAAGCAACAGCUACAGAGGGCUGCUGAAAAUGAAGUAACAUUCCACUUCUAUCAUAAGGCAACAAGGGUCGGGACUGCAGAUCUAAAUGCAGAAAGUCUUGUGACACUGCUGGAGAAGCUAAAGAGCAUUACACAGCUGGAGGCCCAGAAAGACAUGAUCAUUUGGGUGCGGCAACUAUUUGAAACCGUAAAAGGUCUGAGAGAGGCAUCCAGUCACACCGUUCCCACAGGUGCACCUUCUGACGUUGUAAAAGCUGAAGAGGCUUCCAUGACUUCCAUGGUUCUCACUUUUCAGGGACAAAGCCCCCUAGAGAAGGAGAAGCGCAAAAGGAAAGCGGAGGCGGCCCGGCUCCACCGCCAGAAGAUUAUGGCACAGAUGUCGGCUUUACAGAAAAAUUUCAUUGAAACAAACAAACUUCUAUAUGACACCACUGUGGAAGUACAUGAUAGCACUAGUCCUGUAGAAGAGAGCCCGUUAUUAGCAGAGGAAGGAUCUAAGGUUGUACUAGGGCCAAAACGUGGCCCCACAGUGCCCAGCAAAGAUGUUCUUACAUGUAUCCUCUGUCAAGAAGAACAGGAGGUUAGAUUGGACAAGCCUACAAUGGUGCUAACUGCCUGUGUUCAGAAGUCUACAGCAUUGUCUCAAACUCGUGGCAAAGUGGUUGCACACACAGGAGAAACAUUUGAUCCACUUUUUACAAACCCAGAGAUGUUGUAUGGAACCCAUACAGGCAGCUGCGGCCAUGUAAUGCAUGUUGUGUGCUGGCAAAAGUUCUUUGAGGCAAUGCAGAAAAAUACUCAGCAGCGUCUUCAUGUGGAGCUAAUUUUUGACCUUGGAAAUGGCGAAUACCUAUGUCCCCUAUGCAAAUGCCACUGUAACACUGUUAUACCUAUCAUCCCUCAUGUUGCACAGCAAAUAAAAAGUGUGGAUGCUGAAGCCAUAAACUGUGUUUUCUCACUUCCUCACUGGUUGGAUAUAGUGGCUGCCAGGAUAUCCGGUUAUAAUUUCAACACCAUCAAAGGAACAAAGCCAAUCACUCCUGAAUUCUGUCAAAUUCAUCAAGACCAGAAUUAUGAGUUCCGUUCCAUCUUGAGCUUUGGCGUGCAGGCUCCGCCCCGUUAUCCAACCAGCACCGAAGGAAUGCUUGUUCACUUUGCCACCACAGUGUACCGUGUGGGUUUGAAUGUUCCUCCCAAUGAGUCUGAUCUACGGAUGCCUGUCAUGGCAUGGAAUACUUGUGCUUUUACAAUCCAGUGUAUAGAAAGCUGGCUUCGGGAUGAAGAAAAACCCUUGUUUGGAUCCUUGCAGAAUCGGCAACAUGCUGGAUUACAAGCGUUGGUGAAAUUUACUGAAGCCCAAAGAGUUACCUGCCCUCAACCCUUGAUACAGAGACAUCUUAUCCAGUUAUUAGCAGUGUUCUUGCCAAACAUUAACAUUGAAGACACCCCAUCCUUCCUGUCUGUGGAUGUUUUCCAUCUGCUGGUGGGGUCAGUGUUGGCAUUCCCAGCAUUAUAUUGUGAAGACAAUGUAGACUUACAUCCUUCAACCCUUGUUUCUACCUACAACAAUCUCUACCUCUUCCACCUGCUCACAAUGACUCACAUACUGCAAAUCAUCAUAUCUUUAGCUACAGACAAUGUGCCUUCUACAGAACCUGAUGACUGUGAAGAAGCCCGUACAGCUGCUACUCUUUGUCAGGAUAUCGCACAACUCACCAACAAUUGUGUAACAGUUGAUCUUCCCGGUUGGUAUGUUUGGAAAUGUGUGAGAGAGGGCAUCAUGCCAUACCUGCGAUGUGCAGCGUUGUUCUUCCAUUAUUUGCUGGGAGUAAUGCCUCCAGAGGAGCUUCAAUCAUCAGGCACUACAGACAAUCAGUUACCAGCGCUUUGCAGCUUCCUCUGCUUGCCAACCAACAUUCUUCUUCUUUUUCAAGAGAACAAGGACACUGUGAAACUUCUUAUUCAGAGCAGGAUGAGUUCUGACCAAUUCCUGCAGAGUGUCCUAGCUGGUAAGACUACUGCACUCAGGUACCCAAGGAAACGCAAUACACUGAUAGAGCUUCCUGAAGAUUACAGUUCCCUCCUAAACCAAGCGUCCCAGUUUAAAUGCCCCAAGUCUCAAGAUGCUGAGCGGAAACACCCAGUGAUGUGUCUUCUCUGUGGGGCCAUCCUCUGUUCCCAGAAUACAUGCUGCCAGGAGGUGGUAAAUGGAGAAGAGCUGGGAGCUUGUACAGUACAUGCCAUGCACUGUGGAGCAGGUGUCUGCAUCUUUCUCAGAAUCAGAGAAUGCAAAGUGGUCUUAAUGGAGGGUAAAACAAGAGGCUGUAUCUACCCUGCUCCCUAUCUUGAUGAAUAUGGAGAAACAGACCCUGGACUGAAGCGUGGAAACCCCUUACACCUUUGCCAUGAGCGAUAUCGGAAAUUACAUCAGUUGUGGCAGCAGCAUUGUAUUAUUGAGGAGAUUGGACACAACCUUGAAAUCAACCAGAUGUUUUUUGGCUUUAAUUGGAGCCUGCUUUAGACAUCAGGAAGUACAACGGGUGUGAAGACAGAAAGGUAUUUCUUCAGCAUCCGACUUAUGUGUCACUAUACGGUCAUCAUUACAAAGUAGGGCUCAUUGAUCAACACUGGGCAAAAUGGCACCUGGGCAGUAACCCAUAGCAGCCAGUCAUACUUCUGCUUUCAUUGCUCUACCUGCAGCUGGUUGAGCAAAAACUGAGCAGCUGCAAAUGUAUCCAUUGUGGGUAAAAUAAUCCUCACUGAUCUACAAAAUCCCGUUUUUGUUUUUUUUUCUUUCUUUAUUUCUUUGAGUUGAUUUUAUUUUUUACAAAACAAAAAAAAUAAAUAACAGUGUGCCAUUCUAACGGUUAUGGCUUCCAGGUAUUCCAGGCAACCUUGUCUCACAUUAAGAAUCUGAAUUUGUUGUCAUUGAUUUCAGUAUUUUUCAAGCCAAUCAGGUGUGAGUAACACAGAAAAUAGCUGUCUGGUUUUGACUUGAUACGAUUUGCAAACAGUUUCAAGUUUCUAUAUUUUUUGCCAUCAGGAAUGAAUGAAGCACUCGCCAUAUGAUUUACUCCUAAAAACACUUCCUAAAACACAUGCAGGGAGUUUUAGUAGCCAACGUGUUUCGCACAUUUUAGGCCUCGAUAGUAAGACAUUAACUAGAGAAAUGCUUUUCUUCGUUAGUCCAUUUAUUUUGGUGCUUCCUAAGCUCAGGGGCACAGCCAUGGGAUUUGAACACACAAUUUUACCUUACAGUAACCACAGCUGGGCAAAAAGAAACCAUAGCAAAGCAUGUUCCAUAUACAAGAGCUGCAUCUUGUUGAAAAGAAACGUGCAGGCAUCAGAUUUAAAAUACAGUUAUGUCUUUCUUUUUUCAUAUAUUAAAAAGUGCCCGCUCCUAAAUAUUUCACAUUUUACUAUCCUAGUGUCACCUGCGCACCAUCACUAGGAGCCUGCACCCAUUUCACAGCCAACUGCAGAUUUUAAUAGACAAAUUAGGGGUAUAGCCAACAUGGAUUUGUAUGCUAGUGCAGGAAGCCUAGUAUUUACACAAGCAAACUCUUCAAUCAACAUGCCAGUUUGAAUUAUAUACUCUGCUUCUGCUUGCAUUGGGCAGUGGUGAUCUGCUGGG